AUGGAGAAGAGCCUCCCUCCCGCCUCUCCAUCAAGACAACCGAUCUCAUCGGCUAUCCUCCUUCGCCUCAUCUCCUCCUUCCAUCGCGGCUGCUUCACCCCUUUCAAUGACUUUGUCAAUGAAGCUCUGUGCCUAGUCGCCUUCUUCGGGUUCCUGCGCUGCUCCAAGUUUUCAGUCCCAUCAAUCUCCAGUUUCCCACCCAUUGGCCUGCGCCACUCCGACCUCACUCAAGUCCCCAGAAAUCACUUUGUCCUAUCCAUCAAGACUUCAAAAACAGACCAGUUACAUCAAGACUUUUCUGUCAUCUAUGUGCAGCUCUGCAGUCUCUUUCCUAUCUACACGAUGUGGUUCUGCAGGGAGCCGGGGGUCCUUCUUUUGGGGGGGAAGCGAGUCUCACUCCCCCCAACCGACCGGGUCGGCCUCCUGCCCAUGUCACUGCCGUCUCCGACGGUUCCUCGUCGCAGCCAGAGGAUGCUGCCUGACCCGUCCUUCGGGAACCUGUCCAGCCUGUCCUGUAGCAGCAACCACAGCCCCUACUACAGCAGCAACUGUGGUGUCAACUACUGCAGCAACUGUGGCCUCAACUACAGCAGCAACCACAGCCCCAACUACAGCAGCAACCACAGCCACAACCACAGCCCCUACUACAGCAGCAACCGCGGCCCCAACUACAGCAGCAACCACAGCCCCUACUACAGCAACAACCACAGCCCCUACUACAGCAACAACCACAGCCACUACUACAGCAGCAACUGUGGCCUCAACUACAGCAGCAAUCACAGCUCCUACUACAGCAGCAACCACGGCCCCAACUACAGCAGCAAACGCGACCCCAACUACAGCAGCAACUGCACCCCCUACUACAGCAACAACCGCGGCCCCAACUACAGCAGUAAAUGUGGCCCUAACUACAGCAGCAACCACAGCCACUACUGCAACAGCAACCGCGGCCCCUGCUACAGCAGGAACUGGAAAACCUCCAGCAACAGCAGUCAAUACAACCACCCAAAGGCCCUUUCCUGGGUUCGCUGUUGCCAUCAUUGUCAUGUGCGGUUUAGCCAUCUUGGCUGUCCCACUAAUUAUGAUUCUGGUCCUGAAGACAAAAAUGUGUUCAAAGCUGGCACAGGCUUGCUCUCUGGAGUCCCCCCUCUAUGAGGAGCAUUAAUAAGAUAUGAAUAAACAUGGCAUCCAAUGAAAAGAAGAAUUAAGAAAACAUGAAUUCUAUAAAUGUUUAUUGAAUACAUUUGAUUUGGCAAGAACAUUUUCACUAUGCUCAUGUAGUCCUUCCAGAAAGAACAGAUUGCAGCCAUGUAUAUAAUGAAGCGAUAGUGCCGGAUCAUGAAGGCUCUACUGUCUGCUAGUUGACCCCGACUGGAGAAAAAUAUAUUUACCUUGAACUUGUAAUGAUUCGUCAGGUUCCCUUCUGCUGAGAAGCUUUAGGAAAAUAGUCCCAAAAAUGUUCAUAAAGGUUCACACACAUAAUUGAGAAACAAAUCACUUUUUUUACUUAUCAGAGCUGUUUAUAGUCUAUCUGAACAGUGUCAGAUAUCUGAAUGGAGCAAUAUUACUUCACUGUGUGUGUCUCGGUUUGUUGUUGUUGAAACAUGCUGUCUGCGCUCCAGUCGAGCUGACAGGCUGCGAUUGGCUGACUCGGCCGUUGCAGGUACGGGAUUGGUUGCUUUUGUGUGUGCAAAAUAUUGAUUGAAGAAGUUCUGUGAACCCAGUGACAAUAAUCCUGAAAUUAGAUUGAACAAAAAAAUAAAAAAACGACAAUUGCCAGAGCACUGCAACACCCAUGUACAGUACCUGUGUCUGCACCACACACACAGCACCGCAACACACAUGUACAGUACCUGUGUCUGCACCACACACACAGCACUGCAACACCCAUGUACAGUACCUGUGUCUGCACCACACACACAGCACUGCAACACCCAUGUACAGUACCUGUGUCUGCACCACACACACAGCACUGCAACACACAUGUACAAUCUCAUGUUUAACUGUUUGAUGUGUUUGUUUUAACUUGUUUAUUAUUAUAUUGAUUACUGUAUUAGCACUGUUGUGCAUAGGAUUAAUAUUGUUGAAUACAUUGUGCUUUAUAGCUCAGUGUUACUGUAUGAAAAUAGUCUUGUUUCUAUCUAUGUCUAUUCCAUUUGUAAGUCUUCUAACUUAAUUAAAGCAUACAUUUUUGUAUAAAUACUAUGUGGUCUGUCUUUAAAAUGUGAUUUUUAAUCACCGGUAAUUAAACCCUAUCAAACAGUUUUUAACGUGAUUAUGUUGCAAAUAGGGCGGCAUUGUGGAGUAGUGGUUAGGGUUCUGGACUUUUGACCAGAGGGUCGCGGGUUCAAUCCCAGGUGGGGGGACACUGCUGCUGUACCCUUGAGCAACGUGCUUUAUAGAUUGCUCCAGUAAAAACUCAACUGUAUAAAUGGGUAAUUGUAUUUAAAAAUAAUGUGUAAAAAGUAACGUAAUUGUAUUUAAAAAAAAAAUUGAUAUCUUGUACCAAUUGGAGGCUGUGUGGUCCAGUAGUUAAAGAAAAGGGCUUGUAACCAGGAGGUCCCUGGUUCAAAUCCCACCUCAGCCACUGACUCAUUGUGUGACCCUGAGCAAGUCACUUAACCUCCUUGUGAUCCGUCUUUCGGGCGAGACGUAAUUGUAGGUGACUCUGCAGCCGAUGCAUAGUUCACACACCCUAGUCUCUGUAAGUCGCCUUGGAUAAAUGCGUCUGUUAAAUAAACAAAUAAUAAUAAUAAUUGUAAGUAACCCUGGAUAAGGGUU